AUGCCUGACUGGAAAGACCCUGCACAAGUCGCCAAGGACGCCGUUGCAUUCAGCAAGUUGAUGCACGCGCUCUUCGGUCUUUAUGCUUACGAAUGGUUCCUGUCUCUUGAUUUCGAUUGGGAUUUCCUCGUCGGGAAGAAGAGGUUUCGUUGGCCAAUGAUUUUCUAUUUCGCAAAUCGUUACCUCUUACUCGUCGCCCUCAUUGGAAUAGCCAUCGCCCUUGACACCACGACAGAGGUUGACUGCCAAGCAUUGUACACUUUCAACCAACUUGCAGGAGAUGCCGCAGUCGGAUUGGCCAGCAUCAAUCUCUCGAUUCGAACUAUGGCUAUCUGGUCGCAGAAUCGCUACAUUAUUGGUUUCCUCGUUUUGAUCAUGAUGGGUCAUUGGUCCUUGAUUCUGCAAGGUAUCCAAUUACGCGCUAUAUGGAUUCCAGAUGUCGGUUGCUCGAUUACCCAGACCAACAACACUAUCCUCGCGGCCAUCUUCAUUUAUUCGAUGUGUUUCGACCUGAUCGUCCUCCUGCUCAACACCUACAAGCUCAUGGGCGUCGCAACCAAGGUCUCCCCGCGCGACCUGAUGGGAUCCAGCCGCCUUACGCACAUGAUCUUCGCAGACGGGCUUAUCUAUUUCAUCAUCGCAUUCCUGGCCAACCUCGUCGCGACGAUAUUCAUGCUCCUAAAUCUGAACCAGAUUAUGAGCGUCAUUUUUAAUGUGCCUGCUGCGGUGCUGUCGACGAUUGUGGCAUGCCGUUGCGUGCGCCGUCUCACAAACUUUACGCACCAGGGCCCGGAGGUGUACAACGCAACGCACUCGACUAACCACCGUGGGAUGACGAUGGGGACCGGCGCGAGGGGUAUGCCGACGGUGAACUACAAAGCUGCGACAAGGACGGGCGUACACGUCCAGAUGGAGAGAUUUACGCAUGCAGAAGACCUGAGCAGCGGGAACGAUAUAUUUACCAGGCCGAAAGACGGGAGCGUGACGGACGUGGAAGGCGACCUGGAGAGGAAGGGUUCGCUCUGA